UUGUGAUUGACCAAGCAAAAUAUUUUAACUGGUUCAUGUCUUCAGGGAAUACUACUCGUAGUGUAAAAUCACAAGGAUCAAAGACAUUGAAUGAAAAUGUAACUAAAUGUAUUGUAUCCGGCAAAAGAGAAGAAUUGUACCAAAAUUUGAAUUCUGGUUUUAUUUCUUCUUCUUCAUUGGGAAUAUAUCACCAGGCGGCUGUCGUAACUACAGCAGAUAAAGCGUCUCAAGUAGCAACAGACAUCUUGAUUAAAGGAGGCUCGGCAACAGAUGCAGCAAUAGCCGCCCUAUUAUGUAACGGAGUGAUACAUCCUCAGUAUAACGGGCUGGGUGGAGGAAUGUUUAUGACCAUAUACGAAAGGGACUCUCAAAAAGUUACAAUUUUAGAUGCCAGAGAAGCGGCACCUUCCGAUUCUACAGAACACAUGUUCCAAGAUGCACAUGACCCACUUGCUUCCCAAAUAGGUGGUUUGGCUAUCGCAGUACCUGGUGAAGUAAGAGGAAUGUGGGAGGCUCACAAAUUAUUUGGAAAACUGCCUUGGGCGGACUUAUUUCAGCCUGCCAUUAAUCUUGCCGAACAGGGCACUCCUUUCAAUGCACAAAAUUUAAAUUGGGCAAAUAUAAUCAGCGGUAAAAAAACAGAUGCGCAAUCAAAAUAUUACAAUAAAAUCGAAGGGGGUGAGAACCUGCUCAGUCGCUUCGAGGAACUAAGGUCAAUGCUAACUAAAG